ACACUCGUUCAUUCGUGAGAAAAACCUGAUGUCGUAAUAAAAGGAAGGAUAACGGAAGGUAUGAGUCAGAUUUUUGCAACUACAGACGCAAGUGAAUCUGUGUCGCUCCUCAUUUGAAGACUUCAGCUGAUAAACACUGUCAAAGCCGCUCUGAGGUAAGUGUAAAAUUGAAACCUACUCAAGAUUAUUUACUUUCAGCCAAUCAUUUUUAAUAACUCACUCCUGCAUAUUGUAGAGAUCAGCACUAAGAUGGAAGCGUCCAACUCAACACCACUUCCCUAUGAAGACUAUUCACCUGGUGUUUGGCAGUGCAGCCCCAUUGGCACCAAUGAUUUUGGAAGAACAUUUCUUCCCCCAUUCUACUACAUCAUCUUUAUCAUCAGCAUUCUGGGUAAUGGAGUGGUUCUGCUGGUCGUCCACAAGUUUGAGAAGAUGAACACGAUCACAAACAUCUUCCUCAUCAACCUGGUGGCCUCCAACAUCAUCUUCACCCUCACGCUCCCGUUUUAUGCGGUUUAUCACUCCAGUGAAUGGAUCUUCGGAGAGCCUAUGUGUAAGCUGGUGACCAGUGCAUACUAUCUAGGGUUCUACAGCUCCAUCCUCUUCCUCACGCUCAUGACAUUUGACAGAUACCUGGCUGUAGUUCACUGUAUAAUGGCCAAUAGUCAACGCAGAAGCAUCUACGCUGCAUCGUUAUCUGUGGCCGUCUGGAUUAUUAGCCUUCUCGCAAGCCUCGAAUAUCUCAUCUAUUUCACGGUUGAAGAGUCCCAAGUGGGUGGACUGUCAUGCAAUGACCCGAGAGUUGGAGAGUGGAAAACCUUUGCCCUCUACAAGCAGUUUGUGUUGUUCUUCCUCUUCCCGCUGGUUGUGUUUGUGUACUGCUACUCCAGGAUAACACUAACCGUCAUGCACACUCGGAUGGUGAAGAAACACCACACCAUACGGGUGAUUUUUGUCACAGUGCUGAUGUUCUUUGUGUUCUGGAGCCCGUAUAAUAUUGUGUUGGUUAUGAGAGAGUAUAAAGAUCCAAACGACUGUAACAGCAACCUUCCGCAUGCAGUGUACGUCACUAACAACGUCGCUCGCCUGUAUUUCUGCAUCAAUCCCGUUUUUUACAUCUUUCUGGGCAGAAAGUUUCAGAAUCGCGUUCGGGAAAUGUGUUUGAAGCAGGACUCGUGUUUAACGAGGCAGAUUUGUGGCGGCAGAAGCAUCGGGUCAUCAUCUUAAUGGAGGAUUAUUUUAUAUUGCGUACAAAAUUGCAAGUACACAUCAGUUAAGAAUAAAUUAUAAUUAUUUAAUAAUACGUAUUAACAGUAUUGUUGGUGUUGUAGUUGUUAACA